GAAAAUUUCUAUUAGAAGCAAAUCAUUUAUUUCAAGAUCUGUGAUUUCUGUUUUCCUGCCAUUUCUACAGCUUCAAAUUUCCAGUUUUCACCUUACUCUCUCUCUCUAGAAAUGCACAGCCGAGCUAUCUACGCAUGGGGAGUAGCGAUUGUGUGCUUUGUAGUGUUGAUGGUUGUGACUCCAGCAAUUCCACAGUCGGAGAAGUAUCAUGACUUCGCUGACAAACGCGUAUUCUUCGGUAUUCCAAAUACACUGGAUGUGAUUUCAAAUUUUCCAUUUCUAGUUAUUGGUGUCGUAGGGUUAAUACUGAUGUUUCAUGGGAACUACUUUAGGCUAAGAAUAGGAGGAGAGAUUUGCGGUUGGACUUGUUUUUACAUUGGUGUAUCUACUGUUGCUUUUGGAUCAUCUUACUAUCAUCUUAAACCAAACGAUGCACGUCUUGUAUGGGAUCGUUUGCCAAUGACUAUUGCUUUUACAUCAGUAAUGUCAAUCUUUAUUAUUGAAAGAGUUGAUGAAAGAAAAGGAACAUUAUCACUUAUUCCUCUUCUAUUGGCUGGUGUUAUAAGUAUUUUCUAUUGGCGGUUCUUCGAUGAUCUUCGUCCAUAUGCGCUUGUUCAGUUUGUUCCAUGCAUUGCCAUUCCUGUAAUGGCUAUAGUUUUGCCUCCUAUGUACACAUAUUCCUCAUAUUGGCUUUGGGCAGCAGGGUUUUACUUACUAGCUAAAGUGGAGGAAGCAUUGGAUGAGCAAAUUUAUGGAUGGACUUUCAAUAUAGUAAGUGGGCACACUUUAAAGCAUUUAUGUGCAGCCAUGGUACCUGUCUUCCUAACUCUCAUGCUGGCAAAGAGGCAUAUCGAAACAGAAAGGUAUUCUUCUUAACU